CGAGCGAAAAACGCGAGAAAGAAAAAUUAAAUGCAAAGAAUCAAUUGGCGUUUCAGGAAUUAGGUCACCACCUCCUCUUUCUUCUUCCCAUAAAUAUCAAGAAACCUUCCUCCCCUUUCUCCCCCAAAUCACACCUUCUCCCUCACCUCCUUCUCCUUCUCCUUCUCCUCCGUAACCAGCGUUUGCAAUCUGCAGCGUUUGCAAUCUCGCCUGUUGCUGCCUUCGAAUCGAGAUCUCGAUUCCGCGUGGGAAGCUUUGGAAACGCCCCGUUUGACCAGGAAUGAUGUCCUUUGCGAGGAAUUAUGACAUGAAAGGAGGUACCUACCAUGACGGUUGUUGGCCCUCCAGUAUAAGCAGCUUCAGCAAUAAUAAUUACCGAACCAGAAACAGAAACAACGGUUAUUAUGGAAAUUAUGACAGUUUCCAUGGGAACUCCAGGGAAAUCAGGGAACCUGUUGACAAAUUCAACUUUGAACGUAUGAGGUCCAGUGAUGUGCCUUCCAUGAAAAGAAGAAAAUAUUCAUCGUCCUCGUGGGAAGCUUAUGAUAACGCAUCUGCUUGGAAGAAUAGAAUACCUCUUCCUGCGAGGAUAAACGCAGAUGCAUCUACUUCCAGUAGUGGGAAGCGUGACAGGUCUCGACUAGAGGAUGAUGAGGUGGUAUUUAUGUCAAGGGAUGAGAUUGAGAGAAUUUCUCCAUCUAGAAAGGAUGGCAUCGAUGUGUUACGAGAAACCCAAUUGCGAUACUCGUAUUGUGCAUUUCUUCAAGAUCUUGGAUCGCGUCUCGACUUGCCCCAGACCACCAUCGGAACUGCCAUGGUUCUUUGCCACCGGUUUUUUGUCCGAAGGUCUCAUGCUUGCCAUGAUAGAUUUUUAAUUGCCACUGCUGCUCUGUUUCUAGCUGCUAAGUCUGAGGAGACACCACGCCCUCUGAACACUGUCUUGCGGGCAUCCUGUGAAAUCUUUCACAAACAGGACAUUUCUUUUUUGUCCUAUCUACUCCCUGUUGAUUGGUUCGAACAAUAUCGGGAGCGAGUAACUGAGGCUGAGCAAUUGAUUUUGACAACACUGAACUUUGAACUCAAUGUGCAACAUCCAUACACUCCACUUACCUCGACUCUUAACAAGCUGGGUCUUUCGCAAGGUGUUCUGUUGGAUGUGGCUCUGAACCUGAUCAGUGAAGGGGUCUAUACCAGAUUAGAGUGCUCGUUCUUAAUGAUAUACUAUGCUGGCGGAUUGAUGUGCUGUUCAUGGAAAUUUUAUUAUCCACUGGAGUGCUGGUUUAUAUUGACUGGCUUUAUCUUGAACACAUUCCUUCACAUUCGUCCCUCCUUGUCAAGGAUCACCCCAUCAUGUAUAGUGCCAGUUGUCUAUCCAAACAACUUCCCACUUUUUGGGUUGCCUUUUGCCAUCAAUUUGCAAGCUGCCUCAGAACAAUUCUUCAAGUAGUGCAUAGCGUUGGAUUUCGUCUACUGACUUUUCUGCUAACCUGGAGUGCAUGACUAUCGUAAGACAUGAUUUAAGACGGUAGCUAUCUUCCGUUCUGAAUAGGGGUUUCCAGCUUUUGUUGGUUAUCCCUGCUUCUGGAACAAAUUAGCAACUUUGCAGCAUUAUUGCUGCAGUCUUUUCAUUAAGUUCCCACUGCUGCUGCUUUUUUCCCUCCUAAUUUUGAGGAGAGGCAUUUAGGAACUUUUUCCAUGUUUAAGCACUUGCCUCUCCUCUUGACCUUAGUGUUUGAUGUGACUCAUCAAUGUGGCGAAUAUUGGUUGUGAGGUAGGUUGGCCUUGGUUUUAGUGUUGCUUGCGGGAAGGUGCUUGCAAUCCAGUCAUCCAAAGGAGUAGGGUAAUCGACAUUGACAUGCAUCAAGUGAAGGCCUUUUCCUGGAGAUUUACUCAUUGUUUUAUCUCAUCUUAAAUGCCUGGCUUCCUAAUGCAUAAUAAGCAUACUUUGUUCAAUUAAUUAGCAAUUUGGCUACUAUUUUGAGAAAAUUUAGGAUCUAGCUGAUCUUUAGUGGAGCUUGCCUGCACCAGCUGUAAAUAUCCAUAUAUUUUAAUGCAUAAACCAUGCCUAUUUUCGUGUUCUCAGACUUUUGAUAAUAUAAGUUCCCAUCGAUGUUUUUCCUUCAUGUUCCAUUAUGCUUCAGCUUAUCUGUGAAUUAGGUACUUUCCAAAGCCAGUUUUUAAAUGUGAAUAUAGAGUUCAUAGUAGUCGUCUAGCAAGGUUGUGAAAGGUUAUAAUGUAGCAUCUUUGCUCAUUGACGACUACUGGCAAUAAACUCGCUCUCAUAUCAUACUUGUGUCGGUGUCCGAUUUUUUUGCAAUAGACUUUCAUGUCAACUCAAUACUCUUACCUUUUCUUCUUUUUCUUCUUUUCUUUACCUUUUCAAAGAGGAUGAUGUAUUCUCAUGUGAAAACCCAUUUUCCUGUUGGAGGGAACUUAACUUUUCUCUUUAUACAUUGAUAUCCGUCUUGCCUUUGGCCUUUUAGAAUAAUUUCAAGAGGAAAAGUUGGCUUCACAUACUGAAGCCGUAGUUUAUCAAGUCUACUCUAGCUAGGAUCGAGUGAGUCUGGUCUAUAAGUAGUAGGUCAGUUUUUUUGCCCGAAAAUAGAGGUGGUUAUCUAACCUAGUCAUCUUUUGGGGACCAUCUGGAACCAUUUUAUGUUGGCUGGUGGCUAUGCCAUGUAAAAUAUCUCAUAAUCAGUUUCUUUCUUUCCAAUUGGAUGGGAUGCAACGAAGUUGGUUAUUGGGUUCACAUGCGUAAGAUGUCUAGGGUGUGCUAUGAUUGCUUACUACAAGCGGGACUGCUGUUAUAGCUGACUGGUUUUGGUGUAUACCGUCCAUCAAAGGUGAGGGGACAAGGCUGCAGGAUGUACCUCUCAAAAUCCUUUUCCUUUCUAUUUUUUUUUUUUUUUGGUUCAAAAUUUUCCUCUUUAGUUGAAAAAAUGAUUUUUGCGAAAGCUUUAUCUGGGGUCCUCCAUGCAUCCUUACUGUAUCAAGUUUUAUAUUUUAUUGUGGUUGUCAAUGUAGGUUGUGUGGCUCCUUUAUUUAACUGCAAAUGACCUAUAUAUCCGUCAAAGAUACUAAGUAUUGCCAUCAACUAAAAAUUUCAAAUUUUUUUCUAGAAGGUGAUGAAUCGAACAGUCAGACACUUCUCGUGGCAAAAAAGAAAAAAACAGAUGGACAAUUGUCUAUGUUAGUAAAAAUAAAUCAUGAGCCAUGCUGUGGAAUUUUCUUCUUGUUGCUGCUCUUUGCUGCUGACUUUAUUGUCAUGCAGCAACUAACUAAGUUAACUUGUGAGCUUUAAAAUUAGAUCCUAUUCUUGAGCUGUGAUAUGGGAUUCUCCUUUCCCGUGAUUAAGAGAAAUCACUCUCUCCCUUUCUCUCCCUCUCUCUCUCUCUCUCUGCACCCUGACAGUAUGUCUAAUUUUUUUAAAUAUUUUGUAUAUGAUACAAGAUAUAAUUAUAUUAUUGUAUCCAUAGCUUCCAUUACUUUAUUUUCUCUCACUGCAUAAAUUUCCACCUUUUACUAUUAUUAUAUCAUCUACUGAGAAAACAAUUGAUCUCCCCUUUACACAUGGUCGGGCACUUUCACCAAUAUAUUAUAUUUUCUCAAGAUGAAAUCUCAGCAUUCUCAUUUGACGAUUCCCUAUGAUUUUCAGAAUGUUUGAAUUCUUGUAUCAUGGGAGUAACUUUGGCUCACUGCAUGUGUUAUCCCUUAAAAAAGGAAAAAAAGAGGUUGAUGGGAAAAAUGAAUGGGGGGGAAAGGAGAAAAAAACAAAAGAAUGGUGGAUGAGUGGAAAAAUAAAAAGGAAAGG